CCUUUCAUUCAAGGGAGUAGCGCAACGAACCCGGUAAACGUGCACCCGGCAUUCGACAUAGCCGGUGCAGGUUCCAGCCCGCGCCCUAUCUCGGAACGAGAUUCAUAUCGGAAGCCUGGUUUUUCCAUUUAGCUCGGCAACGUGUCGAGAGAGACAGGUUCGGCGUUGGCCGACGGCCUAGACAGGCUGGAUCUGAGUCAACUGUCUGAAUCAACGCCCUCAUCAUCCGCGUCGGACUCGUUCGAUAUGUCGUCGUCGGAAGGUGCACCGGAGUCAUGGAUCUCCUCGUUUUGCUCCUUGAUGGGCCACGAGUUCUUCGCUGAAGUUUCGGAGGAUUUCAUCGAGGAUGAUUUUAACCUCACUGGCCUUCAGUCGCAAGUUCCCAUGUACAAGGAGGCGCUGGAAAUGAUCUUGGAUGUGGAGCCAGAAGAAGAUGAUGAGGAAGAGGAGGAAGAGGAAGAAGAUGAGGAUGAUGAUGAGAUAAUAGGCGACGACAAGCCCCCGGGUUACCGGAGAGCUGGAGAGCGCAGACAUGCACGGGUGGCAAGUGAUUUGAGUGUGAUUGAGAGCUCUGCCGAGUUGUUGUACGGCUUGAUCCAUCAACGGUACAUCACAUCGCGGCCUGGUAUCCAGCAGAUGCUUGAAAAGUAUGAAAUGCAGCAUUUCGGUGUUUGUCCUAGAGUGUACUGCAAUGGGUGCAGGGUCCUGCCCGUUGGCCGCUCAGAUACCCCGGGCCAGGAGACAGUUAAGCUUUUCUGUCCCAGUUGCCAGGACCUGUAUACACCUCCGAACAGUCGCUUCCACUCGGUUGAUGGCGCCUUCUUCGGUACUACUUUUGGAUGUCUGUUCUUCAUGACUUUCCCAGAUUUGGAUAUCGGAUCUCGGAUGGACAACUCUCUCUCCGCUUUGUCUCCCACGCGCUCUUCCUCCCUGACAUCUUCUUCGAUCAAUAACCAGGUGUCUCCAGACGUGCCUCCUCCUAACCAGCCCGUUGAGAUCAACGGCAUGCGUACGGUCAAUUUCAGUCCAGGUCUCGGCCCGGGCCGCAUCUAUGAAUCACGAAUCUAUGGAUUUCGUGUUUCGGAACGAUCACGGUCAGGUCCACGCAUGAAGUGGCUGCGUAUGAAACCGAUCGAUAUUCGUGAAUUAGAUGAAAUGUCUCGCUACGAAGCGUUACAUGGGGAGGGUGAUGACGAUGGCGACACCGAGAUGGGCAGUGGUAAUGGCACCGCUGCUCAGAACGCCGCCAUCGCCAGACGGAAGAAAGCCACCAUGCGAAGGCGCCGAUACAAUCCGGAUCAGAUGAGUAUCAACGGAGCGGAAGCUGGCUAAAGUACUCUUCAUAAUGCUUGGAUAAAACCGUCGCACUUUCUCUCCAUCAUUUUUCCUUGGG